AUGAAGUCUGCGAUUGGCGCCGCUUCGGCGCUCAGCCUCUGGCUCGGCCACGCGACGGCUAUCCACGUGGCGAAGGGUUCACCUUGCGAGACACUCUGCGGCAACGUGCUGGAUGCGACCACCAAGAACGACGUCGUCUGUAAAGAGACCGAUUAUUCGGGAAGUGCUGCCGGUUCGGUUUACCAGCAAUGCGUCUCCUGCGAGUUGACGAGCGACUAUGCAACCGAAACCCAGACCGACGUUCAAUGGCUUCUAUACAACCUCCGCUAUGCCAUUUCUUACUGCAUUUACGGCUUUCCAGAGAACCCCAACGUUGGGUCGAGCCCGUGUCUCACAAGAACUGCUUGCGAGCCUUUCCAAAACGCCAUCAAAUACGGCGACCUGGCGUCCAAUGGCACAGAGUAUGAUUACUGCACCGAAUGGGACCAUAACCUGGUCGGCGGAUGUACAUCCUGUCUCCGUGCGGGCGACAACCAUUACUUGACCAACUUUAUAACAAUCUUGGAUGCCGGAUGCCAGCAGAGACCCGACCCUGGGCAAACUAUAUCAGUAGAAGGCUCGCCAUUCUCCAAGACCAGCGUCAACGUCACCGACCCGACGCCAACGAACACCUACGUCCCAAACUACGACAAUGGGCCAUUGUCCCUGGGCGCCAAGGUCGGCAUCGCGAUCGGAGGUGUUCUUCUCAUCCUCGGUUUGACUGGUUUCUGCAUCGUCUGGAACGGUAAGAGAAGGAGAAGAGCCUUUUUGAAGAGGCUCGAGAUGAAGCAGAAGGGUCCCUCCGCCGGGUGGCCUUCGCCGCUGAACGUCGCCGGACUCAACGGCACCCCGCUCAGUCAACGCCCGCUUCGAAGCUGGGAUGACACGCCCAACAGCUCCAGACCGACGCGCGGCUGGGACGAGUCCCCAUUGAGUCCACAAGGGGAGAAGACGUUCCCGAGAUACUUCUCGCCUUACUCUUCCCAGUACAACAGUCCAGUCAGCGGCACAGAGGCGCCGAAUAUGCAGUGGCCAGCCCAGGGCGCAAGCCACCAGAACCAGCAGCAGAGCCAGCAACAAGAAACCGGCCUUGCUCUCGGCGGCGACGAUUCAGAGCAAGGCUGGGAUGAUUCCAAUAAGGGAAAGGGCCGAUCUGAGUCCUAUGAGUUGAGAGAGGUUGAUGGUCAUUGGGACGCGCGCCAGAGGCACCCGAGCCCGCCCGUUCUCCAGCACCCGGCGCAUCCGAUGUAUGCGGAGCACAACCCGGCUGCAUACCAUGGGAUGACGGAGGAUGAUUUGAGAAGGGGGUACAUAUGA